CACCUCUUCCUCCUACUACAUGCAGUUCUGACCUCACACUUUUACAGUUUUCCGAGGUUUGUGUAAUAACCUCUGACAUCUGUUUUCUGGGGUACGUGAACAGCUGACCUUUUAUUGUUGUCCGGCAUACGUACACAGCUGACCUCUAACCUCUGUUGUCCGGGGAAUAUGCACGGCUCAUCCCUACCUUCUAUUGCGUGCACUGCUGACCUAAGACCUUUACGGGUUUCAGCAUUUAUGCGCGGACCUCUGACAUCUACUUCUGUCCGGGGUUCAUACACGGCUGACUUCUGACCUCUUCUGUGUACCAGAGUACGUGCACGGAUCUGAUUUCUAUUAUUAACCCGGGUACGUGCACGGCUGACCUCUGACACCUAGGCCUCCUACUGCUGAACAGGGUAAGCGGCAUGCUCGUGAUGCUUUCUUAUUGACACGGAGUAAGAGCCGUGCGGACUACUUCUACACACAGCGAACACGUACUGAUCGCUGGGCUUUUUACCGCGAUAUUCCGUUCAGAAAAUUGUGUUUGGUUUUUGUGAAAAGGUCAAUUAUGGAAUAUCAUUUGCUAAUGGUGGUGUGAAACUUUUCAUGCAGUUUAUGUGUGAUGUAAACAAAAUGAACGGGCUAUUGUGGUCCUGUUUGGGAAUUCGGGACUAUAUCAAUAGGAGGACUCGCUUGGUCAGAUAGCAGCAUGAGAUCUCAACUAGACAUGGACAUUAGCACGUCAGCUAACUACACUCAGGUUGGCGAUGAGAAUACCACGUCACUUCCGGACCUGCCUACCACCCAUAUAACAGACUUUGCCUUCGUCAUAUAUGUCGUGUUGCUGCCGACGGUGGCGGUGCUUGGCAUGGUCGGCAAUGUCCUGACGAUGGUCGUACUCUGGAGCAAGCGAAUGCAGUCGACAACAACGUUAUUCCUCCGCGGCCUCGUCCUCACUGACGUCGGGGUCAUUGUGGUUCUUACGAUAGCCAUUACCCCGCUUGCAGUGGGCAUGCACGGUAAGACACUUCCGGUGUACGUACACUCUAUCUACCCUCAUUUGUACGGACCGUUUGACUUCCUUGCGAUGUCUGUACAACAGUGUAAUGUGUGGAUCCUCGUAUCCGUGUCGGUGGAGCGCUAUAUCGCAGUUUGCCAUCCAUUAAAGGCGGCCUACUACCGCACCCGCAGAAAAACCAUCAUUACACUGGUGCUGCUCGCUGUCUCAUCUGCCGUGUACAACGUCCCACGGCUAUUCGGCACAGUUGCACUACCUACCAAGUGUAAGCUUCCCGAACUAGAAGGAUUCACAUGCUAUGGCAUUGAUUUGACGGACCUCGGGAGGAACUUCUUUUACAAGGACGUGUACAAGGUGUGGAUGUACGCCAUCGUGAUCUAUCUACUUCCGCUCAUUACUAUGUCAGUGAUUAACGUCCUCAUCAUCCGGGAACUUAUACGCAUGCGUUCCAGACGGCGGGAUCUGGCUACCUAUUGUCAUCAACAGCAGAAGGAAGACAACGUGACGUUGGUCCUUGUCCUCAUCAUGACAGUCUUCAUACUCUGUCAGACCCUUGCGUUCUUCAAUCAAAUAGAUGCUUUAUUCGAUGACAAGACUGUGCAGGAAAACUACAUCGCGGUCAUUAGCUUCCUGUAUGUUGUCAACUCGUCCGUGAACUUCCUUAUUUAUGUACUCGUUGGUAAAAAAUUCCGGCAUGUUUUAUUCGCCCUCUGUCGGCGAUAUCGGCGGAGGUCAAAGUUCUGUCCCGCACGGAAUGGCUCCAGUCACAGUCUCGAGAACACCAUGGUUACGGAGUUUCCCCAUACAGCCCUUUCCUGAUCUAUUUCCUUUGCCCCUUUCCCGUGGAUAUACAGACCCUCUUUCGCGUGUGCAGUGUAACAUGUAUGUGUACGUAAUCACUUAUGUACCUGGCAGCGUACUUGUUCGAUACGUGUUUGUCCCAUGUUUACAUAAAUUGUGACGUCAUGUGCUGUGAAAUAUGUGCCCGUGAUAUUUCAAAAGAUUUUAUUGGUAUUCAUAUUUUAUUCAAGCUUUAUCGUCUUGAAGUAUUUACUUUGGAUGCAAACGUACAUGUCAUUAUUAUGACUUCUACGGUUCGAUAAGGUGGGACAUGUCCGUAAUUCACAUCCGGUCACGUGAUAUCGUUGAAUCACUUCAAUGUCUUGAUUGAGCGCUUGUUAUGCGCUGUGACGUCACCAUAUUGUCGGAUGUAUGUUAAAACCUCAGGUUUCAAUUCGAAUCUCAUUCAGGAACAGAAUACACAUAUUUAUUAAAAUUACUUCACGUGCAGACUCACGAAUACCAUAUUAUUAAUGCAGAGCUUUAUUUUACGAAAUCUAUAUUAUUGAAACAUGUUACACACACAUUACUGGUCCAUACGAACACGUUUGUGUCAUAUCGGGUACAACGACAGAGGACCAAAACGGAUAACCUUUCCCAGAACAAUAUUAAAACUGUAUCCAUGCUUAGUAUUGUAUAGUAUUACAGAUUUUUGGUAAUCAUACCAAAGUUUGAGAACUCGGUACACAACACAGGAGUCACCCGUGUGUACGAGAGAUGUGUGUUAUUGACAUUCAUAUCAUCUGUUAUACCCGCCAUCUACCGCGGAGUAUCUCCACAGUCUUAACUUCAUUUUAAUAAUUUAAAUCGUUAUACCAUUUUAUUGUCUCAUUGGAAUAUGUUGCCUAUAUAAAUAUUUAAUGUGUGAA